GCAGAGGUGUCCGUCUGUGCGCCAUGGGGAACCACCUGGGCAAGAAAGAGUCUCAUUCUGACAGGGCCAGUCAGAUUGGUGACACCAACAGAGAAGAAUCAGAAAGGAAGAGGAUCCUUCCAGAACCUUCCCAGGAAGCCCCGGAGGACAACGAGGUGUUUGGCCCGGCAGAUGUGAGGCCGUACAAUGGGACGCCCUCUGAGGACACAGCGGUGACAGAGCCCGGUCACACAGCGAGCCCGAAGAAUGCCUGGCCCAGGGCCAGUCCAGCUGACCCCGCGGGCCGCCCCCAGCUGGCCCGCCUCUUUUCCCGAGAUGCCCCGGGCCGUGAGGACAACACCUUCAAAGACAGACCCUCGGAGUCAGAGGAGCUCCAGCCCAUUCCAGAGGACAGCAGCACGGCGGACAGCGUGGCUGCGAUGGCGUCACAGAAGCGGCCCUCCCAGCGGCACGGCUCCAAGUACCUGGCCACAGCAAGUACCGCCGACCAUGCCAGGCACGGCUUCCUUCCCAGGCGCCGAGACACUGGCAUCCUGGACUCCAUCGGGCGGUUCUUUGCCGGAGACAGGGCUGUGCCCAAGAGGGGCUCCGGCAAGGAUGCCCACCACGCGGCCAGGACCGGCCACUACGGCUCCCUGCCCCAGAAGUCCCGGUCCCAAGAUGAAAACCCUGUAGUCCACUUUUUCAAGAACAUUGUGACUCCACGCACACCUCCUCCUUCACAGGGAAAGGGGAGAGGAUUGUCCCUCAGCAGAUUUAGCUGGGGAGCGGAGGGGCAGAAGCCGGGAUUUGGCUACGGAAGCCGGGUGUCGAGCUCUGCACACAAGGGGUUCCGGGGUGCCCGUGACGCCCAGACCACGCUGUCCAAAAUCUUUAAGCUGGGAGGAGGAGACAGUCGCUCGGGGUCCCCCAUGGCGAGGCGUUGAAGCUCCCCGAGGCCGAGACAGAACCCCGUGUUCCGCUUCCUAACCCUGCUGCCUAACGUCCUAACCCGUUUGCCCUCACCCACUUCCAGCCCAUCCUCCCGAACGCCUGUGAUGUUGUGCUCCCAGUGGGCCCCCUACCCCACCCGGCUGGAGACGCAGGUGUGGCUAACACGACUCUUUUACAUCCUGGGGACUCACCCGCUACGCCCUGUGCAGGCGCUCGGGCCAAUCCCGUGCCCCAGCCUCCUGUUGGGACCGGCCACUGCCGUGGAAACUGCCCAGGGAGUGAGACCCAUGCAGGCGGAGCGGCUGCCGAUCUGGCUUUAUUUGGUUUUCUUUCCCUGCUCGCUGGUUCCUCUCACCUCCACUGCCCUCGUCCCCAUAACAGGAUCGGCAGCCAGGGACGGCCCACUGAAGGAGUUUUGGUAUGUGGAGGUGGCCCGGGCGGCUGGUAGAAUCGGUGUGCAUGGUGCAGCGAGAGGAGGUGCCCUCGGGCGGGUCCGCUCACCACACCCCAUCGGCUGGAGGUGAGCAUGCGUGCGCAGCGCAGAGAGAAGAGGGGAAGUCCAGCUCGGGCUGGCAAGGACCUCCGACUGGAAGCGGCUUGGCCAUGGGACGGCGCCGGCACCGCGCCGUGGCCUGGGUGUCCGGAGCCCAGCAGCCUCCCCCAUUGAGCCAGCCCUGUGUCCGGAGGAACGCCCAGAGGGUGGGUCCCAGGUGGCGUGUCAGGGUAGGGGUGAUAGUGUUCUCAUUCGCCCGUUGAAGCUUUGAGGGGCCUGCAGGGGCAGUGCAUGCGGCCGUACUAACUGUACAAGCUAACGCUCCAUGAUCAGUCCUAGUGCCUUAGACGCUGGGCCCGCCCCCCGUGCCCUCUAACACAUUGACCUUCCCCGCUGGCCCUGCUCACAGACUGAUCUGCACCUUUUCAGUUGAGCUCGUCUCCCACACAGGCGUCCAGGCCCCUCGGAAGGAGGACGAGGGGCCGCCAAGCGUGUCUUAAUCCCUUCUAAUCCUGCACGCCUGGUGUGGGCUUCACGCAUGUCCAUUAGCAACACCUCAGUGCUGAGAGGGUACAAUAAAGCCAAAUGUCAGAAACCAACCUCCCAACUGUCACACACACCACCCUUGCGCUGGGCCCGCGGCCUUGCGUGAGCGACUCCCGCCAGAAAUGCCUGGCUCCUGGUUGUCACGGGAGCUGUCACCGUGCUGGGAUAUUGAAAUACAAUAAUAAAUGUUUAAUGAGA